AUGUAUGAAGUGAUUUAUAGAAUUUCAGAUUUCAAACAUCUUAACAUGUUUCCAAUUCCACUCGCAUUGUACAAAUCCCAACAAAGGUGUAUCACUUCCGAUGAGGAUAUCGCGAAUCUCGUCGAGGAAUACGACCGUGUUGCAUCGCCGCCGUCUUCUUUAAAGAUCAGAGCCUUCCUUUCGCCGCUGAAACCGGCCAGAAAAUCGAUUUGUUCGCCGCCAAAGCCGCCCAGAAAAUCGAUUUCUUCGCCGCCUUCGUCAUCGACUUCGUCUUCAUCCAGUCCCAGAUAUUCCUGCAUACGUCAGAUCCCGAGGACUCCCGUAGCCUUCCCUCUUUGCUCUAAUAAAUCGGCGGGGAAGAUGAUUCCUUGCUACGGUUACCAUGGCCAACCUAGUCACAUUUACCUUGUUCACAGCGGGAAUUACAGGCAAUAG